AUGGGGUAUAAGGUUCUCGAAGUAUAUGAAAUAUAUCAUUUUAAACAUCGCGGUAAAAUUUUUGAUACAUAUGUGGAUACUUUUAUGAAGCUCAAACAGGAGAGUAGCGGCAUCCCCGCAAGAUGUCUAGAUUCGGAGGGGGAAAUUGACAAGGAGAAAUUAUCAUUGUAUAUCGAGGAAUAUUUUGAGCAUGAGGGUGUUCGACUAGAUCCCGAUAAGAUGAGUUACAACCCGGGACAAAGAACAGUUAUGAAAGCCCUUUUAAAUUCUAUCUGGGGUAAAUUAGCACAAAAUGAGGAUACGACUGUGGUUUCGUUUGUUGAUACAAUGGAUGAAUUAUUAGAGAUGGUUAACAAUCGAACUAUAAAAGUAACAUCGCUUGAUUUUAUAAGCAAUAAUGUAGCGCGAACCACACAUAGAAAAGGUUGUAGUUUAACACCCCUACAAAAUCGUAAUGUUAUUGUGGCCUCAUUUGUGACUGCUUAUGCAUGUUUAGAACUAUAUAAAUAUCUGGAAAUAUUAGGGAAAAAUGUUUUGUAUUAUGAUACGGAUUCUGUAAUAUAUUUUGCGGGUGAUGAUGAUGAUUGUCUUGAAAGGGGGGAGUAUCUCGGUGACAUGACAGAUGAAUUAUAUGAAAAAGAUGUGAAAGGAAAAAAAUGGAUUGAACAAUUUUGUGCUGCGGGCCAAAAGCAUAUUCGUAUCGAACAAACGAAUAUACUCGAAUAA